AUGGGACCUUCGUCACGGUGCACACCGAGUCGCCCAAGACAUCCGAGCCGUCCGAGAGAUGCUACUACUGCACGGCAGACUGCCACUCCAAGUACCGCUCCUCCAGCGAACUUGAGAAGAAUCCUCCGAGAGCGCCAAUCAGCUCGCAAUCGCAAGGCAUGCUUACCUUGCCGGGAGCGAAAGGUCAAAUGCGACCAGGAACAACCAUGUCGGACUUGUGUCAAGCGCGAACAUCCAGAUCUUUGUUUCUACCGGGAACCCGGCAACUCCAAAGUCUCGAAUAGGUUCCAACAAGAGCCGAGCCUUCAUGGUCCCAGCUCCCCCGAAACUACGGGGGAGUCUCCCAAUAACAAUUGGGUAGCUGGAAACCGCGAUGCAAGGGAAGUAGACAAUGGGUCCACGGGCGCAGGUCAUACCGGUAGCUCUGAAGGACAAAUCCCGACUCCCUCUCUACUUGGAGACAACUCUAUCAUCGCGUUGGUUCGACGGGACAGCGUGCAGCCACCAACAGAAAAUGAACGGCGUACAGCCUUUGAAGCCGGAAUCUUUCCCCUCCUCGGCAUAGACAUGAACGCCCAAGAGGGCAGGUCUCCCCAUUCACAUCUUGCCCAGGACGGGAACCCUAACUCGUCACUUCCUGAUGACCAGGAGAUGAUUGAACUUUUUAGCUUCUAUCGUGAUCGAGUUCACCCUUUUUCGUUCGUUCUUGAUGAUCUCGACGAAAUAGAGAAGAUGGUGUGUUCGCUCGUUAACCAGGAUAUGGAAGCUUGGCAAUGUGACAGCACUUCACUCUGCCUCCUCCAUGCCAUUUUAGCGGCUGGGGCGCAGUAUUCGAAUCUUGCCCUUGCUGUUCAAUUACCCAAGUAUCAAAAGUAUUGUAAGCUAUCCAAACCCUACUUUCCAUGGCCGCGACCGCUCACACAUGACAGUGAAACACGCUUUGAGCUUUCUAGGCACAUUCGACUACCUGAGGAACCCUUCCAAGAAGCUGAUCCAGGCUCUCCUGAUUCUGGGUCCUGUUUUACAGAACGACAUGAACCCUCGAGCAGCUUGGAUCCUAGGCGGCACCACAAUUCGACUCGCACUAUCAUUGGGUCUUCAUCAGCCUGA